GCAUCUGUUAUGCUUUGAGUUUGAAGCGUGAUAAAUUUAGACUUGGAGGAAUGCUUAUAGAUAACUGCAAGAUUACAUUUUGUUAUUUAUAUUAUCAUGCUUUGCUUGUGAUUAUUGGGUGGUGUUACAUGGAGUCAUCCAAGUGGUCCGUCAAGCUUCUCUUUCCCCAUGGGUACACAUAUUGGCUCCUGAACCGCUAGAAACUCUCCCAAGCUUUUUUUUUUCUUCUUUUUUUACUCUGUCGGCAUCUUCUUUCACUUUUGUUUACUUUGUCAGUAUCUUUUUCUCUUGGGCACCAGAGUAGACUGUAGACUAAACUGGCACUAGGACAAAAGGAAAGAGUGAGAAUGGUGGUGCACUUGGCAAGGACUUCAGUUUUGCGUUGUUUCAUCCUCUCCUGCCUCCAUUGUCCUCACCGACGAGGCAGCGCCUAUAACACUUUCUCCUCUCCCUUCUCUCGCCUUCUUUCUCCACCUCACCUCCUCCCCUUUCCCAUCCUCUCUUCUCUCUCUCUCUCUCCUCCAGGGCUACACUCCACCUUUCCAACCAAAACAUCCCCCAGGUGUCAGCUAAUCUUGGCACUAUCCCAACACUCCUCUCCUUUUCCCCUCUCUAUUUCUUUCCCUCACUCUUCCAUCCCUCUCCCCACGCCAACUCUCUCUCUCUCUCUCUCUCUCUCUGUGUGUGUGUGUGUAUGUGUGUGUGUCUCUCUCUGAGGAGAUAUGAUGUGCCCAGACUCAUCCUCUAACUCGCCCAAGGCCUCCAUGGUGAGAGCCCCCGUCUGCCGGCCCCACCGGCCAACCCUCCUCGCCGACAGUCUCGUCUUCAUCGCCGGCGCGUUCUCCGCCCUCCUCCUUUUCUGGAUCCUCUCCUCCAUCCUAUCCCCCGCCACCCCCAUGACCUCCUUCUCCCCCUCCCCAAGAUACUACUCCUCCUCCUCCUUCUCCCCCUACCUCCACUUCGCCAACCUCUCCAUCCAUCCCGACCUUUUCAACGACACCGACCCCGACCUCCUCCGCGACCCCCCGAACUCCACGUUCUACGACGAUCCCUCCCUCUCCUACACCAUCGACCGCCACAUCACCGAUUGGGACGACAAGCGCCGCCGCUGGCUCCGCCUCCACCCAUGGCUUUCCCCCGCCCCCGGCGGUCGCGAGCGCAUCCUCAUGAUCUCCGGCUCCCAGCCCAACCCCUGCCGCAACCCCAUCGGCGAUCACCUCCUCCUCCGCUUCCUCAAGAACAAGGUCGACUAUUGCCGCCGCUUCGGCAUCGAACUCCUCUACAACAACGCCCUCCAGCACCCCAAGAUGCGCACCUACUGGGCGAAGAUCCCCAUUAUCCGCGCCGCCAUGAUCGCCCACCCGGAGGCCGACUGGGUCUGGUGGGUCGACUCCGACGCCGCCUUCACGGACAUGGACUUCCAGCUCCCUCUCCGCCGCUACCGCAACCACAACCUCGUCCUCCACGGCUGGCCCAAUCUCGUAUUCGAGGAGAAGAGCUGGGUCGGCCUCAACGCCGGCGUCUUCCUCAUCCGCAACUGCCAGUGGUCUCUCGACUUCAUGGCCCGGUGGGCCCGCUUCGGCCCCCAGGACCCCGACUACGUGCAGUGGGGCCAACGCCUCAAGAACGAGUUCAAGGGCAAGGUCUUCGCCGAGUCCGACGACCAGUCCGCCCUCGUCCACAUCCUCAUCAGAGAGCGAGACCUGUGGGCCGACAAGAUCUUCCUCGAGGACUCCUUCUACUUCGAAGGCUACUGGCUCGAGAUCAUCGGCCGGCUCGAGAAGAUGUCGGAGAUGUACCUGGCGCUGGAACGGAACGUGCCGCCGCUCAGGAGGCGGCACGCCGAGAAGGUCGCCGCGGUGUACGGGAGGAUGAGGGACGGCGAAUUGGAGCGCCAGGGGGCGGAGACGGGGCCGGCGGGGUGGCGGAGGCCGUUCAUGACGCACUUCACCGGGUGCCAGCCCUGCAGCGGCGACCACAACAAGAAGUACUCCGGGGAGAAUUGCUACCAGGGGAUGCUGCGGGCGCUCAACUUCGCCGAUGAUCAGGUGAUGCGCGUCUACGGUUUCAAGCACACCGAAUUGGAAAGCUACGGCGUGACGCCGCUGCCGUUCGAUUAUCCGGCGGCCUAGUGAUCGCGAUGAUCGUCGUGGUGGUGGCGGUGAUCAGAAAUUUCCUGAUGGAAUAAUAAAUUUCGUGAUAGAAUAGUGUAAAGGGGGGAAAAAAGCAGAGCUGUUUGUUUACAAAUCUGCGUCCGAUAUUAUGUUGUCGUUUCGUUUAUUUAUUGGAUUUUAUUUCUACUUUUGUGGGAAUAUAGUCGGUUGCUUUUGAGCUU